AUGGCGCCAACAACCAGAAAGAAGUCUUUCGGUAGCACCCAGCCACCACCAGCGAUUUUCCCCGACAUAAGUUCACCACUCCCAGCAGGAUUUAGGCCGAAGUCCAAGGACGACGAUCCAUUCGAACAAACCUUUAAUCCCUUCAAUGAUGACCCGUCUGAUCACGACUCCGAUCAUUCCGAGUUCGGUAAAGUCAGAGCCGGUAAGAGAAAGAAGAGUCUGAAGAGCAAGGAAGAUGCCAAGAAGCGCAAAUUCCAGAUCAUGCGGCGACAUGAUCCUGCACCAGAACUUCCCGACCUCUCUGACGAGGAGGUGAUCCCAGACAGUGAACACGACGAGAAGCACCACGGUGUUUUGUCUGUCAAUCGUCAAUCAGCACCAGCAUCCGGAAAGGACGCCCAGUUGCCGCCAGUCAUUAGUAUUCAGGUCAACAGCACAACUGACAGGAAGAUUGUCGUCAACCUGAGCCUUGCGGAUCUUCUCAUGCCCACGACGGUCUCUGUGCCCGAGUCCUCUAUUCAGACUUCCGACAUGGGUGAUGACCCUGGGCUGGAGAUGGAAGGCAAUACACUUGUGGGAGGCACACAGAAGCCCACCUAUGCCGGUUUCCUUGACUUACCUGAGGAACUGCGUCGCCCUAUCUAUCGCAAUGUCUUUUGUGGUCCUCCCGUCGAUUUUGAUGUGCGUACUGACUUUGGUCGAUCAUCCGCAUUGUUGAGAAUCUGCAAGAUUGUUCAUGAGGAAGGCCGAAAGAUUCUGUACGGAGAGAAUUCGUUCCACUUUGCACGAAGCGAGGAGAUGCGCGGAAAAUACUGGGAACAACACUGGAAAGAGGUUGGAUACAAAGAUAUCAGACGUUUCCUUCAAACCAUCGGCCCCGCCAACAUCUCCAAUAUGAAAUUUGUCUCCUUCUCCUUGUCCGACGGCACAGAGAAGCACAACCCAGGUGUUGACCUCGAGGAUCGCCGAUUCGUCAAUGACCCAACCUUGCAUCAUAUCUUUCGUCUCAUUGGUGCCAACGCGAAUCUGCAUAAAUUGGCUGUCCAGUUCGCAGGUCGUUCCCAGGUCCUCGGCUCUGAUUUCCACUUCAUGAGAGCAUUCGCUGAAAUGAAGUGCAACAAGUUGGUCAUCUUCAGUACCUUCCGAGGACGUUACAACAGAAUGUCAUACGAUGUGAAAGACAAGUUAAAGUCGGCCAUGGUCAUGAAGUUCGAGAAUGAAGAGCAACUGGAUUCCAAGAAGAAGGCCAUGGACAAGGUCAAGGGUAUGGACAAGGUCAAGAUGGUGUAUGAAGACGUUACGUAUGUUUCUAUCAUCCGAGACUGA